CCCAAGACGCGGCCACCCUUCCUCAGUGACAAGGCCAUGGAGUCCUCCGUCAAGUUCAUCAACAAGAAGUUUCCUCACUUGGACGUGCGGAGCAGCACGCAACACUUGGGACCAGUGCACAAGGACAAGGGGGACAUCACCCGGGCGUUGGGACCCUUCUACCAGUCCUUCCUGGAUGUCCUGGAGUUCAGGGACCACGUCUACGAGUUGCUGAACACCAUCGACGCUAGCCAGUGCUUCUUUGACAUCCACAUCAACUACGACUUCACCAAGAGCUACCUGGACCUGGUUGUCACCUACGUGUCCCUCGUCCUGCUGCUGGCCCGCACUGAGGACCGCCGGUUGCUCAUCGGCAUGUACCACUGCGCCCACGAGAUGAGCCACGGCACCAGGUGGGUCGGAAGUUCCCACCGAGGCUGUCCCCACAGACUGUCCCCGCUGGGGCUGGCCCUGAGGACCAUCCCUGACCCCCAUGCCAGCAGUGCCCCCAGCUUCACCCGCCUGGGACAGAUGGUGCUGGAGUAUGACCACCCCCUCAAGAAGCUGACGGAGGAAUUUGGGCCGCACACCAAGGUGGGACGGGAGCUCCUGAGGGUCCUGUGA